AUGUCUUCUCGCCGUGAUCCAGACGACGACCUCUUCGAUGACGAAGAUCACGGAGACUCUAGUGGUAGCAAUCCCUACGCGUCAGCCACGCGCUGGCGGCACCAGGAAUCCUCGGCCUAUGCCCGCCACGCGGCGCGACAGCACGGCCCGGCCGUCGCGCGAGAGCCCGAGGCGCGCGGCCGCGUCAACGACCUGACCGACUUCCUCAACUCGUCGCGCAUCUCGCCCGACGACGCCGGGCACCUCGACAGGCCGCCCGGCACGCCGCGGUUCAAGCCCGUCUUCGCCGGGGCCGCCGAGGCGCGCGAGGCGACCAGCGGCUCGCGGCCCGUCACGGCGGCGGCCAAUUCCCCCGAGCGCACGCCGACUGAUGGGAAGGAUAUCGCCGUCGGGCCGCUGCUGAAUUACAGGCGCAUGGAGGGCACAACGUGGGUCGGGAGCGUGCUGGUGGUGACCAGGGGAGGCGGGAAGACGCAGGCCUUUGUGCCGACUCUGGUUCUGAGUCGUGCUGGGCAACGGGAUGAAGGCGCGGGCGCGGGCACGGGCGCGGGCGGCACUAAGGUUGGGGGUGUUUGCCUCUAUUCAGAUCCCCGAAAUACCUUUUGGAGAUUCGAUUUGUCCGUCCCGCUCGAGCAGGCCGAGACCAGGUGGGAGUACACGCUGCCAGACUUGCGCUUCGCCAGCAAGACGAAGCCCCAGCGGAGCGCCUUCUACGUCCCCGCCAUUACAGAGUCGUUCAGGAUCAUGUUCCACUCUUGCAAUGGGUUCAGCGUUGGAACCGACGAGAAGGCCUGGAGCGGAGCCGCACUCUGGAACGACGUCCUCAGGCGCCACGAAGAAGCGCCGUUCCACGUCAUGAUCGGGGGUGGUGACCAGAUAUAUAAUGACGGGAUCAGAGUCGCCGGUCCUCUCAGAGAAUGGACGGAUAUCGCUAAUCCGAAAAAAAGAAAGGACUACCCCUUUCCGGAGAGUCUGCGCCAAGCUUGUGAUGACUACUACCUCAAGAACUACAUUCGCUGGUAUGGACUCGAGCCAUUCGCUUCUGCGAAUGGUCAGAUUCCCCAGUUGAACAUCUGGGAUGAUCACGAUGCAACGAUCAUUGACGGCUUUGGAUCAUAUGUGAACGAGUUCAUGAAGUGCGAUGUGUUUAGAGGCAUCGGUGGCACUGCGCACAAGUAUUAUAUGCUGUUUCAGCACCACCUCCCUCCCCCGCCGUCGACGUACACCACGGACCAUGUCCUGGAAUCGCCGUCGGAAACCGGCCAAGGGAUUGACCCCGUCCAAUUGGCCGAAGCCUAUGUCCAUCCACAGAUGACCGAGCCAAACUACAUCGUCGGUUCGAAGCCAGGGCCUUACGUUGCCGAACAUUCGCACAAUAUGUUUGCGAGACUGGGAGCAAGAAUAGCAUUUUUAGGGAUUGAUGCUCGAACCGAGCGCACCCGGCACCAGGUCAACUAUCCCGAGACGUAUGAUCAGAUAUUCGACCGCUUACGGCUGGAGCUGGGCUCCGCAGCCCAAUCUGGCAAUCCAUACAAGCAUCUCAUCCUCUUGCUCGGCAUCCCAAUUGCAUAUCCUGCAAGUCUCAGUCCGAUGAGGCACCCCAUAGCCCGCUUGACCUGGCUCGAGAACGUCUUCGCAAGCCCCGUAAUGGGUCCAAUUAAGUUCAUGAACCGGAGAUUUGGGGUCGGUGGUGGCUUCUUCAACCACUUUGACGGCAGCGUUGACCUCCUCGAUGAUCUGGACGAUCACUAUACUGCGAGAACUCACAAGAAGGAGAGGAACCUGUUGGUCGAGAGGCUGCAGGGCAUCUGUGCUGAGUUCUCGAUUCGCAUCACGAUAUUAGGCGGCGAUGUCCAUCUGGCCGCGCUCGGGAGGUUCUAUUCAAAGCCACGUCUGAACAUCCAAAGCGAGAACGAUCACCGGUAUAUGGUGAACGUUGUAUCCUCGGCCAUCGUGAACAAGCCUCCUCCAAGCGCAGUCGCAAAUCUCCUCGCCCGGAGAAACAAGAUCCACCACCUUGGCCACGACACCGACGAGACCCUGCUCAAAAUGUUCGACAAGGAUCCGGGGACGAGCACCAAGACUGCCAACCACAAUCAGGUCACCAUGCCCAGCCGCAACUUUGCCGUGAUCACGGAGAACUCGCCCAAUAAUGCCGCCAGGCUGGGGCCGGAGACGGAGCCGUCGAACACCCUUGCGCCACCCCCGUUGGACAACCGGGCCAACGGCGACGCAUCCAGCGUACGCCCUCCCGGCUCAAGCGCCGGCCUGAGCUUCCGAAGCAAGUGCUCGGGAGCAUUCCCUGGCAAGGACGGGCACUCCCCACUCCACGCCGGCGAGGCCGGUGCGGGGACCAAGCACAAGGCCGCGUCGCCCACGGAGCACGGCAAGGGCAGCGACGGGGGCCUGGACAUCUGCAUCCGCGUCGAGAUUGACCAGCACGACCGCGAGGGCCGGACAGAGCCGUACGGCCUGACAGUUCCGGCACUGACGUACGUGCCGCCAGCCCUGCCGCCCCCCGGGAGCGCGCAUUCGCGUUUCAGUCGCCGUCUGGAGAGCCGGGCCACCUCGGUCACUGAUGGCGCACCGUAG